AGAAUUUGCUAAUAAUAGCAGCUAAUAGUUGGGGCGGAAGAAAGCGUUAUAUAACGUCGAAAUUUUUAACUUUUCAUUGGCUUUGUGUGUUCAGCAAAGACAGAAUCGUCGAUACGACUCUCUUCAGCAGCACAUUAGCCGUGAUUUUUAGACUUUGGCACAUCAUUUCACCAAUUUCAGACGGAUCAACAUGGCUGAUGACUUUGACGUUGAGGCCAUGCUGGAAGCUCCAUACAGAAAGGAUGAGAACAAGUCCUCUCAUGCAAAUGGACACGAGGAACACAGCAAGAAGAAAAGGAGGAGCAGGAGCCGGAGUCCAGGCUCAAAGAAGAAGAAGAGCAGGAGCCGGAGCCGAGACAGGAAGAAGAGUAAGAAGAGGAGCAAAAGCAAAGAAAGAAAACGCAGCCGCAGCAGAGAGCGCCAUCGCAGCCGCUCCCGAAGCAAAGAACGAUCGGGACGCUACAAAGCACGCAACAAGAGUCCGAUCCGCAAACGCUCCAGAAGUCGAAGUCCUUUUAACAAAAAGGAGAAGAGUCCUGUUAGGCAACCAAUUGACAAUCUAACACCAGAAGAGAGGGAUGCCCGCACAGUUUUCUGUAUGCAACUUGCAGCAAGAAUCAGAGCUCGAGAUCUGGAGGAUUUCUUCUCAGCUGUUGGAAAAGUCAGGGACGUGCGAAUCAUCUCUGACAGAAAUUCUCGAAGGUCAAAGGGUAUUGCAUACAUCGAGUUUGUAGAGUCGUCUUCUGUGCCACUGGCCAUCGGACUGACCGGCCAAAGACUUCUAGGUGUGCCGAUCAUUGUCCAGGCCUCUCAGGCAGAGAAAAAUCGAGCUGCAGCUGCAGCCAACAAUCUGCAGAAGGGCAGUGCCGGCCCGAUGCGACUGUAUGUGGGCUCACUGCACUUCAACAUUACUGAAGAAAUGCUGCGAGGGAUCUUUGAGCCUUUCGGAAAGAUCGAAGGGAUCCAGCUUAUGAUGGACAGCGAGACUGGGAGAUCCAAAGGUUAUGGUUUUAUAUCUUUUGCAGACGCAGAAUGUGCAAAGAAGGCUUUAGAGCAGCUGAAUGGCUUUGAGCUGGCUGGUCGUCCUAUGAAGGUGGGGCACGUUACAGAGCGCUCUGACUCAUCAACAGCCAGCUCAUUCCUGGAUAACGAUGAACUGGAGAGAACUGGUAUUGACCUCGGCACAACAGGGCGCUUACAGCUUAUGGCUCGACUAGCAGAAGGAACUGGCCUGAAGAUCCCUCCUGCUGCUCAGCAGGCUCUACAGAUGACCGGCUCUAUUUCCUUUGGGGGUAUGGCUACUCCAGCAGUUCCAACGCCAGCUCCAAGCCAAGCAUUGAACCUCCCUUCACAGCCGCUGGCCACACAUUGCCUUCAACUGUCCAACCUCUUCAACCCCCAAGCAGAAAAUGAUCCUAACUGGGCCAGUGAAAUUCAAGAUGAUGUGAUUGAUGAGUGCAACAAACACGGAGGAGUUGUUCACAUCUAUGUUGACAAGAACUCUCCUCAGGGUAACGUGUACGUGAAGUGUCCCUCAAUACCAGCUGCAAUGGCAACUGUGAAUGCUCUUCAUGGACGGUGGUUUGCAGGUAAAAUGAUAACGGCUGCAUAUGUUCCUUUACCGACCUACCACAACCUUUUCCCAGACUCAGUAACAGCAAAGCAGCUCCUAAUGCCCACACGCCGAUAGUCGGAGACGGCUUUCAGAGUCAGUGUAAAUACAUUUGUUUGCAUUUAUGGAAAUUUCAUUGAAGCAAAAACUCAUUGAAAGUUUAGUUGGCUGUGUGUAAUAAAAAGUGCCCUCACAUUCAUUUUUUUUCUCCCGAGUUACUUUUUAAUUUUUGUGGGUUUGUGUUGUAAACUGCCACUGAGAAGUAAUUUGCAGGUAUCUUGGUCUGUAUGUUUUUAAUGUUACCGUCUUAUCUGCUCAUCAAAAUCAGUUUUAGAUUUGAAAGGAAUUGCAGAAGUACGUGUUGGGCUAUUAGGCCGAAGAUGUUGGAAGUAUAUCGAUGUCAACAGUAAUCCUUUGUAACUUUAUACAGCCUUUUUUUUUUUGUAUGAAAGGUUCCAAUAAAUCUACAAACAUGG